AUGUCAUCCGAUUAUCGAUUGAUAAUUUUGAUAUUAACGAUAAUUUCUGGAGUGCUCACCAACGGGCGUUCACUCUUUGCUGAUUAUGAAGAUGAUGAUGAGAAUCGACCAAACGUCGCCUGGGUGCCAAUCGUGUCUCGAAAUUUGUCUUCUUCCUCACAAAUCUAUCGAGCUUUUCAAGAGGUGACUUCUAGAGAACCGAACAAAACCCAGAGAAUCGCGCAAAUGUUACAUGAUUCCUAUGAUCGAAAUGAGGAUCGAUCGAUUUCGAGUUCUGUUUCGAUUUCCCAUUUUUCUUUUAUUUCAUUGUUGACUUUAUGGAAAAUUUUG